GCCCUGCAGGAAUCAGAUCUUCACUCGGCUGUGCUUCCACUGACUCUAGCCCCAUGGCCCGGCACCUGCUCCUCCCUCUUGUGAUGCUUGGCAUCAGUCCCAUCCCAGGAGCCUUCCAGGACUCAGAGCUCAGUCCGACCCAGGAAGAACCUGAAGAUCUGGACUGCGGGCGCCCUGAGCCCUCGGCCCGCAUCGUGGGGGGCUCAGACGCGCAGCCGGGCACCUGGCCUUGGCAGGUGAGCCUGCACCAUGGGGGUGGCCACAUCUGCGGGGGCUCCCUCAUCGCCCCCUCCUGGGUCCUCUCCGCUGCUCACUGCUUCAUAACGAACGGGACGCUGGAGCCGGCGGCCGAGUGGUCGGUACUGCUGGGCGUGCACUCCCAGGACGGGCCCCUGGACGGCGCGCACGCCCGAGCAGUGGCAGCCAUCGUGGUGCCAGCCAACUACAGCCAAGUGGAGCUGGGCGCCGACCUGGCCCUGCUGCGCCUGGCCUCACCCGCCAGGCUGGGCCCCGCCGUGCGGCCCGUCUGCCUGCCCCGCGCCUCACACCGCUUCGCGCACGGCACCGCCUGCUGGGCCACAGGCUGGGGAGACGUUCAGGAGGCAGAUCCUCUGCCUCUCCCCUGGGUGCUACAGGAAGUGGAGCUAAGGCUGCUGGGCGAGGCUGCCUGUCAGUGUCUCUACAGCCGGCCCGGUCCCUUCAACCUCACUCUCCAGCUUUUGCCAGGGAUGCUGUGUGCUGGUUACCCGGAGGGCCGCAGGGACACUUGCCAGGGUGACUCUGGGGGGCCCCUGGUCUGUGAGGAAGGCGGCCGCUGGUUCCAGGCAGGAAUCACCAGCUUUGGCUUCGGCUGCGGACGGAGAAACCGCCCUGGAGUUUUCACUGCCGUGGCUUCCUAUGAGGCAUGGAUACGGGAACAGGUUAUGGGUUCAGAGCCUGGACCUGCCUUUCCCAUCCAGUCCCAGAAGCCCCAGUCAGAUCCCCAGGAGCUCAGGGAGAACUGCACCAUUGCCCUGCCUGAGUGUGGGAAGGCCCCACGGCCAGGGGCCUGGCCCUGGGAGGCCCGGGUGAUGGUGCCAGGAUCCAGACCCUGCUAUGGAGCGCUGGUGUCUGAAAGUUGGGUCUUGGCACCUGCCAGCUGCUUUCUGGACCGAAGCAGCUCGGACGGCCCGCCCCGCGACCUCGACACCUGGCGAGUGCUGCUGCCCUCGGGCCCGCGCGCAGAGCGGGUGGCGCGCCUGGUGCCCCACGAGAACGCCACGUGGGACGACGCCUCCGACCUGGCGCUGCUGCAGCUGGGCGCGCCCGUGAACCUGAGCGUGGCCCCGCGGCCCGUGUGCCUACCCCACCCGGAACACUACUUCCUGCCCGGGAGCCGCUGCCGCCUGGCCCGCUGGGGCCGCGGGGAACCCGCGCCUGGGCCAGGCGCGCUGCUGGAAGCGGAGUUGUUGGGCGGGUGGUGGUGCCACUGCCUGUACGGCCGCCAGGGGGCGGCAGUGCCGCUGCCGGGAGACCCGCCGCACGCCUUAUGCCCCGCCUACCGGGAGGAGGAGGAAGCGGGCCGCUGCUGGAAUGACUCGUGUUGGAGCCUUUUGUGCCAGGAGGAGGGGACCUGGUUUCUGGCUGGAAUCAGAGACUUCCCCAGUGGCUGCCUACGUCCCCGAGCCUUCUUCCCUCUGCAGACUCAUGGCCCAUGGAUCAGCCAUGUGACUCGGGGAGCCUACCUGGAGGACCAGCUAGCCUGGGAUUGGGGCCCUGAUGGGGAAGAGACUGAGACACAGACUUGUCCCCCUCACACAGAGUAUGGUGCCUGUGGCCUGAGGCCGGAGGCUGCUCCAAUGGGGUUCCUGUGGCCCUGGCUAGCAGAGGUGCAUGUGGCUGGCGAUCGAGUCUGCACCGGGAUCCUCCUGGCUCCAGGCUGGGUCUUGGUAGCCACUCACUGUGUCCUCAGGCCAGGCUCUACAACAGUGCCUUACAUUGAAGUGUAUCUGGGCCGGGCAGGGGCCAGCCCCCUCCCACAGGGCCACCAGGUAUCCCGCUUGGUCAUCAGCAUCCGGCUGCCCCGGCACCUGGGACUCAGGCCCCCCCUGGCCCUCCUUGAGCUGAGCUCCCGGGUGGAGCCCUCCCCAUCAGCCCUGCCCAUCUGUCUCCACCCGGCUGGUGUCCCCCCGGGAGCCAGCUGCUGGGUGUUGGGCUGGAAAGACCCCCGGGACCGAGUCCCUGUGGCUGCCGCUGUCUCCAUCUUGACACCACGAAUCUGCCACUGCCUUUAUCAGGGCAUCCUGCCCCCUGGAACCCUCUGUGUCUUGUAUGCAGAGGGACAGGAGGAUAGGUGUGAGAUGAGCUCAGCACCGCCCCUCCUGUGCCAGACGACGGAAGGCUCCUGGGUCCUCGUGGGCGUGGCUGUUCAAGGAAGCCGGGAGCUAUUUGCCGCCAUUGGCCCUGAAGAGGCCUGGAUCUCCCAGACAGUGGGAGAGGCCCACUUCCUGCCCCCCAGUGGCUCCCCAUACUGGCCCACUGGAGGCAGCAACCUCUGCCCCCCAGAACUGGCCGGGGCCUCGGGCUCCCCACACGCGAUCCACUUCCUGCUGCUGCUGACUCUCCUGAUCCAGAGCUGAGGGGCUGGGGUUCCAGUGCCACUUCCCUCUUCUCUGCCCUCUACUUCCCGCCCAGUGGGGCUGGAAUGUGGCCCAGCCGGCUGGCACCUCGAGGGCCCCACCCACCUAGAUUGCAGCGGCUCUGGCUAAUUGGGCCUCAGUGCCCGGGCUAUUUUGAGCCCAGGAAUCCUUGGGGGUGGUGGGAGGAGCAGACAAUAAAGGUGUAAACACAG